AUGGAGGUAGAACGAGGGGAGGAGCUGCUGGAGUAUCUGGACAGACCCGUGAAUACAGGGAUGUCAGGGGGUGAGCGGAAGCGUGUAGAGCUCCUACAUGCAGUGGUCCUACGACCUAGACUCUGUGUCUUUGAUGAGAUCGACAGUGGACUGGACGUGGAUGCAUUGAGACAGGUUGCGACAACUCUGCGGUCUCUACGUGAGGUUGACCCGACAAUGUCGAUGUUGAUAGUCUCUCAUUACAAGCGUAUGCUCGACGAGCUCCAUCCUACUAGGGUAAUGGUCAUGCAGGAUGGUGUCAUAGUCCAUCAAGGUGGUCCUGACCUCAUCAAUGAAGUAGAUAAGGGAGGGUUCAAGAGGGGAUGGUUCGAAGGAGAUGAUGAUGAUGACCCCGUGAGUAUCUAG